GACGGAUCCAGUGCAGGCUGUGCAGUACAACUACAGCACCGGACCCGUUCUGGGUUUUACCCCUGCGCCACUGCCUUGUUCUUUCUUGCUCCGCUCCCCACGCGUACGCGCUCUCGUGGCGACGACUGGGUGAUCGCCGCCGCCGCCGCCGCCACCACGCACCACCAGGCCUUCACCGGCGACAAACACCACCAACAGACACAAGUGCUUCAGUCAUUAUAGUGCCAGUACCAUUCUGCCAGCGAGUUCCUUUGCCACAAAAAGAUAACACUCGGAUAUCUCAUGGCAAAACCUGGGAUUUUAGGCCGCAGUGCACAGAGAUCAAAUGAGGGCAUGCGAAUCAUAUUCUCAGCAGUUAUUGGUGUUAUGCUAGGGUACUUGUUUGGCAUUUCCUUCCCUACCGUUAAUAUAACAAAGCUUCACUUCCCUUCCAGCAUUAUCUCCUAUAUCGAGGACAGAAACUCUGGCAUCACAACCCAAACAUUAUUGAAUCAUGCAUGGACGUCUGCAGCUACUCAUAAGAAGAACAAUUCAGCUUCUAACUCUGAUGAAAUUCCUAAGAUUUAUGUUCCAACAAACCCUAAAGGUGCUGAAAGGCUUCCACCGGGCAUUGUAGUGUCUGAAACAGACCUUUAUCUCCGGAGAUUGUGGGGUGAACCUAGUGAGGAUCUUACUACCAAACCAAGAUACCUUGUUACAUUUACAGUGGGAUACUCUCAAAAGGCAAACAUUGAUGCAGCGGUGAAAAAGUUUUCAGAUAACUUCACAAUUAUGUUGUUCCAUUAUGAUGGUCGGACAACUGAGUGGGAUGAAUUUGAGUGGUCAAAAAGGGCCGUCCAUGUGAGUGUCACAAAGCAAACCAAAUGGUGGUAUGCCAAACGAUUUCUACAUCCUGACAUUGUUGCCCGCUACGACUACAUAUUUAUCUGGGAUGAAGAUCUUGGUGUCGAACAUUUUAAUGCAGAGGCGUACAUUAAGCUUGUUAGGAAGCAUGGGCUUGAGAUCUCUCAGCCUGGUUUGGAGCCCGAUAAAGGUUUGACAUGGCAAAUGACUAAACGAAGAGGUGAUCAGGAAGUCCACAAAGUAACUGAGGAGAGACCUGGCUGGUGUAGCGACCCUCACCUGCCACCAUGUGCAGCGUUUGUUGAAAUUAUGGCAACUGUAUUCUCAAGGGAUGCAUGGCGCUGUGUAUGGCAUAUGAUUCAGAACGACUUGGUCCAUGGAUGGGGCCUUGAUUUUGCUCUUAGGAAAUGUGUGGAGCCAGCCCAUGAGAAAAUUGGAGUGGUUGACUCCCAGUGGAUUGUUCAUCAAGUCAUCCCUUCGCUUGGUAACCAGGGCAAGGCAGAGAAUGGAAAAGCACCAUGGGAAGGGGUUAGAGCACGCUGUCGUAAAGAAUGGGGGAUGUUCCAAACAAGGUUGACUGAUGCUGAGAAAGCAUAUUACUUGGAGCACGGGAUCACACCACCAAAAUCGACGGUAGCUUAGCUGCACGCACCGACAGUAGCUUAGCUGCACUGCAUGCCUGCAUACAGGCACCUCGCGAGUCACGCCAAGGUUUCUGUUUUGUGAACCUAGCGCCUUCCUGUCCGAUAAGCAACUGACUCUGUAGAGAUGCAGCACCACAGCCAGAUUUGUACAGAAUCGAUGUACGUUUUUACUCUUCUUAAUCUUCUUUACUUGUUUUCAACCGUAGCGACGAGAGUAGCUCUUGUGUAAGUAACCGAUUUAGCAUGAAUCCGGUGGCUCUUUUUUUUUUGAUAUAUUGCCCAAAUGCAAUAUCGAUAUGGUCAUUUCGUUUCAUUGUUUUAAUAACAAGCAAAUGGUUGCUUUGGGACA